ACUUUAAAAUCCAACCCAGAAAAAGGGAAAAGCAAGAAACCAAGUUUGAAAAAAAGAAAAAUGGCAACAGCAGUAUCUUCUUUGGGUUCAUCAACUCUAGCUCAAUCCCAAAUUACUGGUCUUGCUGUUGGUCUUAGGCUUCAGAAGCCUUCUCUCUCCAAUCCCAAUUUACCCACUUUCACUAGGAGAAGAUCUCGAACUGUUGUGAAAGCAACUUCCAGGGUGGACAAGUUCUCAAAAACUGAUAUUAUUGUUUCACCAUCUAUCCUUUCUGCCAAUUUUUCAAAGCUAGGAGAACAGGUAAAAGCAGUUGAGUUGGCAGGUUGUGAUUGGAUUCAUGUCGAUGUCAUGGAUGGUCGUUUUGUUCCAAAUAUAACUAUUGGACCUCUAGUGGUUGAUGCAUUGCGCCCUAUCACAGACCUUCCAUUGGAUGUGCAUCUGAUGAUUGUUGAACCUGAGCAGCGGGUGCCUGAUUUUAUAAAGGCUGGAGCUGAUAUAGUUAGCGUCCACUGUGAGCAGUCUUCCACCAUCCAUUUGCAUCGUACACUGACUCAAAUCAAAGGUCUGGGAGCUAAAGCUGGAGUUGUCCUGAACCCUGCAACCCCAUUGACCACAAUAGAAUAUGUACUUGAUGUGGUUGAUCUAGUAUUGAUCAUGUCGGUGAAUCCUGGGUUUGGUGGUCAGAGCUUUAUUGAGAGCCAAGUGAAGAAAAUUUCAGACUUGCGAAGAAUGUGCGUUGAGAAGGGUGUGAAUCCAUGGAUUGAGGUAGAUGGUGGAGUUGGUCCUAAAAAUGCUUAUAAGGUGAUUGAGGCUGGUGCAAAUGCUUUAGUUGCUGGUUCCGCUGUCUUUGGUGCUCCAGAUUAUGCUGAAGCUAUUAAAGGAAUUAAAACCAGCAAAAGGCCAGUUGCUGUUGCUGUUUGAAAAUCCACCUUUGGGAUGUGACUUUUAGUAUAACUUGUGGAUCUCAAGAUUUUCAUUCCCAUGUAGCCGUUAAACUUGUGUGUAAAGAUACAAGAUUUCUGCAUUGAGGAGUUGAUGAGCAGCAGGAGCUUUAGGAUGAUACACAGGAAUGUCACAUAAAGCAGCAAAAUGCAGUUUUUAUGUUGCAGAUAUACUGUUCAUAAUUUGAUUUCUCUGGCUCUAAAAGUGAACAUCAAUGACAGUUAAGGGACAAACAGUUAAUAACAAAGGGAGCUGUAACAAGAUGACAGAAUGUGUGUAACUCAUAAUAUUGCAGCAUGCUAUGUCUGACAGUAUAGAGGAAUUUUUUUUUUUUUUUGGUACUUGUAAUUAAUUGUGCAUCCAAUUAGUGUCCAUCUCAAUAAGCAUUUGAACGUGUAAGUUUUUAUUUAUUUUUGGGUCCUUUUCUACUUUCUUUUAAAUCUAUCUGCUUCUAAACAAAGGUUCUGUUCCCUUGCUCUGUGUAUCACAGUCUACUGGUUUUCCUCUCA